AUGGUGGCCGGCACACUGAGCUGUAGGGCUAUGACUGAUCCGAGAGCAGUGUUUGCCCAUCUUAGCCUAUUUGAUGAUGGUAGUUUGUUGGCUGAGCUCCAAAUCGAGAGUGCUAAUACUGUGGAUUUUAGGUUGAAUAGUGAAGGGGUACUCUGUUUUCGAGGCAAAAUUUAUGUACCCAAGGAUACUGAUUUAAGACAGACCUUACUGCGAGAGGCACAUAGUAGCCCCUAUGCUAUGCACCCAAGUAGAAAUAAGAUGAACGAGAUCUUCGUGAGGUAUAUUGGUGGUCAGCAUGCUCUGGGUUCUGAGCUAGUAUCUGAUACCGAGGAUAAGGUUAGAUUAAUUCUGGAUCAACUGAAGGCAGCAUCAAACAGACAGAAGUCAUAUGCGGAUCUGAAGUGUAAGGAAAUUAAAUAUUCAGCGGGGGAUUUUGUCUUUUUGAAGGUCUCGCCAUGGAAAAAGAACUCUGGAGCUUGGGCGAUUGGUGUUUUUGAAGGAAAUAGGAGUGUGUGGCGUGAUUUAAGGAGGAAAGUUGGGAUGUGGAUAGAGGAGGAAUUGGUGGAGGGAUUUGUGGAGAGAUGUGGGGAGAGUUUUGAUAAGGGGAUCAAGGCAUGGGGUAGUAGUGUGCCAAAUGUGGGAAACUCCCUUGUACCAAUUCAGUCAUAA